UAGUACAUGCAUAAAUAUAGUACAUUAUUUCACCUAAGAUCUGUACUCUUCUAAAAAAUAUAUAUAUAUAUACGCAUACAUUUUACAUAUGGAAAAUAUUGUACACACGUAUAUAAAUAUAUCUAUACGUGCGUGUAUGAAAUGCUUUUGUGACCAUAAUUCUUUAUGAUUAGCUUUCAAACUGUCUACAAGAAGAGACAGUUUUUAAAAAAAAUAUACUAUUAAGCACAACGUCGCCUGUCAAAGACAGAAUAUAUUUUACACCGAAAUAUCUGUAUGUAUGUAUGUAUGUAUGUAUACACACAUACAGUGUACGUCCAUCAAUGUACACGUACACACACACUAAGCAAACACGGAAGCGGCGACACACAGACAACAUAAUUUAUUUGCUAAAAAACUAUGGUGCUGUAAUCUGGACCAGCCUUACAUAUGUCUGUCGACCUCGCUCAGACACACACACACAGAAAAAGUUCUCUCUCUUUACUUGCCUGUCUUUUUUCUCACUUUCUCACACACACACACAUACAGACUCACACCGGCCUGUCGGACGGAGAGAGAAAAUAUUGCAGCGACUGAUCUGUUUUUCUCUUCUGAUCAACAUCUCCACCAGAUAUUCUAUUCUUCCUUACAUGUUUAAAUAUGUAUAUAAAUCCUGGAACCUCUAACUAUUCUUAAAGCCAGCAUCAGUUUUUUUUUUUUUAUAUAGAAAAAAAGCAAUAGACAUUUCACCUCUUUUUUCACUCCAUGUUCUUGUAGUUUAAACAGGACAAACAUUCAUAGACUUUCCUCUAUCUAUCACUGUCUCAGAGACAUUUUUUACUCCCAAGUAAUCAUAAUACUCUUUCUCUUUCUCUUUCCAACACACUCACACUUAACAGGAUCAAUAUAUAAAAAGCUAUUUUUUUCCCCAUCCUCCACAGUUUAUAGACCAGUACAUUUUUUUUUUAUACACACAUCAAACACUGCUGUGAGUACUAUAUACAACUACAAGAUACAGGAGAAGCAUCAAAACUAGACCAGAAUUUCGGCGAAAAAUUAUCCCGCACCUGCAGUAACCAGAACAAAACGACAGAGUAAAUAACAACAACAAAGGAAUCAGAGAAAGGUGUCGCCAGGACAGUUAGAAGGUGAUUUUGAAACGUUGAAAUGUUGAAAACUGAAAUAAAACAAAAGUAAAAUUAGUUCAUUCUGAAAUAUUCAUUUUAAAAGCUCAAAUAUUUAUUUUGAAACAUAUACCAAAAAUGUAUUCUAUGCAAGGUACUUCAACUAACUAUCCACUUGGUCGUCAGUUCACAUGUGAAACCUGUGGUGCUGUCUUCCCCCUCUAUGAUCAAAUGAAGAGACAUAAACAACAAACACACAGUGACAACAAGACAUAUUCAUGCUCAUAUUGCCACAAAGUCUUUGCACAAGUGUCUAGCAUGCGUAGUCAUGAGCGAUGUCAUACAGGAGAACGGCCCUAUACAUGUUUAACAUGUAGUCGUGGAUUUUCCCAGAAAGGGAAUCUAAAACAUCAUAUGAUGACUCAUACUGGUGAAAAGCCAUUUAAAUGUCCACUCUGUUGGAAAUCUUUUUCUCAACGUGGAAAUUUGAAACAUCAUCAAAGAUGUCACACUGGUGACAAACCAUACACAUGUGUCACGUGCCAUAAAUCUUUCUCUCAAAUUGCUAGCUUAAAAAAUCACCAUCGAGUUCAUUCAGGUGAGAAGCCAUUUACAUGUGAAACAUGCCACAAAUCAUUUUCUCAAAAAGGAAAUCUUAAAAUUCAUGAGCGUUCACACACAGGAGACAAGCCUUACUCGUGUGAUGUUUGUCAAAAAGCGUUUUCUCAAAUCAGCAACUUAAAGAUUCACAAAAUGUCUCAUGAUGGUCAGAAACCAUUUUCAUGUCCUAUCUGCGCUCGUGGAUUUUCCCAGAAAGGAAAUUUGAAAACUCAUAUCCGCAACCAUGAGAAUAAUAACCGUAAAAUGCCAUUGAGCUGUGAUGUUUGUGGUAAAGAGUUUGUUCAUAAAUCACUGCUGAAAUGCCAUGAAAAAACACACCUGGUUGAAAGAAUGAAUGCAAUAAAUGUUGCUCCCCACCACACACAACAUAAUGUCACUUCUAAUAAUGGCCCCAACAACAAUAAUAACACAAGCCAUACCACCACCACCACCACCAAUCCACAUCAUCAACACCAGCCCCAUAACCAAAAUAUUAUGAGGGGCAUUGUAUACAAGCAACUUUAACUGAAAGAUUUGAACUUUCCAACUGAUAAAGUGAAUUCAAAAUCAUCAAAAAUAAUCUAAGCAGCUGAAAAACAACUGGAAAAGAUAAAAAUCAAAAAGAAAAGUUAACAUUAUUUUUAGCUGAGGCAAAACAAAGUUAUAUAUUUAGAUCAAAUAUUUUUCUCAAAAGGCCUCUUUGGCUGUAUUUAUCUCUGUCAUAACCUAGUGCAUUUCCUCCAUUUCCUCACACCUUUGUUCAUUUUAAUUAAAUCAAGAAAAUUUUAAGUAAACACAAUUAUAUAAUGUUUAUAUACAAACACAUUCAUAUGUACACAUAUUUAUAUAAUAAAUACAUCACUUACAUAUGUAUCUGUAUCAAUAUUAGAAAGGCAGAAAAUGACAUUGGAAAAACAGAAUUGGUAGAACAUCGGACAAAGUGCUUUACAGUAUUUAGUUAGGUCCCUUUAGGUUCAAACUUUAAAUUCCACUUAGGCUGGCCUUGCUGUGCAUCCUUCAGGAUUGAUACAAAAGGUGUCAAUCUAGAAUGGGAGUCUGUGUAGUUUACACACACAAAAAAGAACAACAAAUAUACAUGAACUUGUAAGAAAUCAAAGAUGGUCAAGCAUUUUCUUUUCAUUAAAUACACACACAUCACCACCACCAUCAUCAUCAUCAUCAUCAUCGUCAUUAUAACAUCUGCUUUUCCAUGCUUGCAUGGGUCAAAUGAUAAUGUUUGUUGAAGCACGUAUUUCUACAGCUAGAGGCUCUUGUUUCCAAACAAAGUAUUAUUUUUCCUAGUACAACAAACAGCAAACAGGCCAGUUGUGCAUUUGCAGAGGAUUCUAAACAAACAACACUGUUUUUAUGAAUGGUGACACAUUGCUUACAAUCAAUGUGCACAUGUCAAGAUAAGGGAAAUACAUACAUAUGCACACACAUACAUAUAUACAUAUCUGUAAUGGUUUCAUGCCAAAAAAGAGAUGAAAGUUCAGCAAUCACUAGAUACAGCUGAAUUGAAAAGUAUGAGCCUUGGCUCUUUGCUACCGAAGGUCUAAAAGCAUCACAUUCAAUAUAGAGUUGUUAAAAAAGAAAAAUUUCAAUGCUGAAAGAACACAAACCAAAACCACACACAAAAAAAGGGGGUGGCUAAUUUUGGCCAACAGAGUUAUACCUCU